GUCUUUAUGAUAUUCAUGAAGUAGGAUUAGAACAUAAAGAUUUUCAUUGCGGAAAUAUUGUCAUUGAUAACAAUGUUUCUUACAUAACCGAUUUUGGGCUAUGCAAUAAUAUUAGCUAUGGAAACAAAGAUGGUUAUCCACCGUAUUUUAAUAUCCCACACGAUGAUAAACUUGCAUUUGAUAUAAUAUGCAACAAUCUUCGCCCCAAAGUUGAUAAAAAUACCACUCCACAAAUUAUUAUUAAAUUGAUCGAAAGUUGCUUGAGCGAAAAUUUUGAAGAGAGACCUACUGCAAUUGAUUUACUUGAUAAGAUUAGUAGCUGUAUGCAAAAGGAUAGUGAAAUAUGGUAUCAAAUUAAAACCAUUGAAGAAAAUAAAAAUUUUAACAUUGCUCAAUCCGAAGCAUGUUUAGACUAUAAAAUAUUAAAAGAAGCAUCCUAUACUAGUAAAGAUAUUAAUUUUAUAUCUGAAUCAGAUGUAGCAAGCUAUAUGAGUAGACACAUUAGUUUUCAACUAGAAACAGUGGAUGCUAAGUAG